ACUUUGCUUUUCCCGCCCUGGAAGGGAAUCCAGGAUGUCUAACUAGUCUUCUGGCCCCGAGAGGGAGAGGUGGGGAUAGGACCUUCCUUUAGUCCCCUCCCUAGUGGAACGAACGAUUCUUUAUGGUCAUCUGUGGGGUUCUUUUCGUAAAGAAGCAUCUGCAGGGUUAAGAAGGAAAAAAAUCCACCGUGCAAAUACAUCCCAGGCACAUGCCUCCUGAGAAGUGGCCCCCUCCUCCCUCCGCCGCCCCCGGCACCUCCUCGGGCUUUGCCCGCUUCCUGCUCCUGGGAGCAGGCAGAGAUCCCGGCGUGGGCAGACCCCUGCCACUGGCGCCCAGGCCCCGUCCGAAAUCACGCCCACGUCGGAGGAGACUCUCGGGAUAACCACGGUGCUCCCAAGACCCGGAGGGCAAGAAGAAAGAGCCCUGGCAAACAAAGGGUUGCUGAAAAGCCAGGUGUCAAAAUGACCGAGCGCUUUGACUGCCACCAUUGCAACGAAUCUCUCUUUGGCAAGAAGUACAUCCUGCGAGAGGAGAGCCCCUACUGCGUGGCGUGCUUCGAGACCCUCUUCGCCAACACCUGCGAGGAGUGUGGGAAGCCCAUCGGCUGUGACUGCAAGGACUUGUCCUACAAGGACCGGCACUGGCACGAAGCCUGUUUCCACUGCUCGCAGUGCAGAAACUCACUGGUGGACAAGCCCUUUGCUGCCAAGGAGGACCAGCUGCUCUGUACAGACUGCUAUUCCAACGAGUACUCAUCCAAGUGCCAGGAAUGCAAGAAGACCAUCAUGCCAGGUACCCGCAAGAUGGAGUACAAGGGCAGCAGCUGGCAUGAGACCUGCUUCAUCUGCCACCGCUGCCAGCAGCCAAUUGGAACCAAGAGUUUCAUCCCCAAAGACAAUCAGAAUUUCUGUGUGCCCUGCUAUGAGAAACAACAUGCCAUGCAGUGCGUUCAGUGCAAAAAGCCCAUCACCACGGGAGGGGUCACUUACCGGGAGCAGCCCUGGCACAAGGAGUGCUUUGUGUGCACCGCCUGCAGGAAGCAGCUGUCUGGGCAGCGCUUCACGGCUCGCGAUGACUUUGCCUACUGCCUGAACUGCUUCUGUGACUUGUAUGCCAAGAAGUGUGCUGGGUGUACCAACCCCAUCAGCGGACUUGGCGGCACAAAAUACAUCUCCUUUGAGGAACGGCAGUGGCAUAACGACUGCUUUAACUGUAAGAAGUGCUCCCUCUCACUGGUGGGCCGUGGCUUCCUCACAGAGAGGGACGACAUCCUGUGCCCCGACUGUGGGAAAGACAUCUGAAGUCAACACGGAGAAGUUGCUGCUUGUGAUCUCACACACAGAUUUUUAUGUUUUCUUUCUCACCCAGGCAAUCUUGCCUUCUGGUUUCUUCCAGCCACAUUGAGACUUUCUUCUAGUGCUUUUCAGUGAUACUCACGUUUGCUUCCACCCUUUAGUGCUUUGUGCUAGUUCAGUCCCAGGCAAAGAGAAAACUCGCCCUAGGCCCUAGGUGGGAAGAUGGUUUGAAAUUUUUGUAAUCGAGUAAGGCACACCCAAAUGUAAAAAUCCUUUUGAAUGAUAUCUUUUAAAUCUUUCUCUCACUGCCUAUUUAAGUGCAAUUAACAUAUGUCACGAACUUGAAAGUUUUCUAAACUCAGUAAGGUAAUGACCAAUUGGUAUUUACAGCUCUUGUAACUUCCUGUUGUGUCAAGUCUAAACCAAGAUUAUGUGACUUGCAAUAAAGUUAUUCAGAACA